AUGUACAACCCGCCAAUGAACCAGCAGAUGAACUCAUGGCAUUCACGCUACUCCGGGGCUGACCGGCAAAAAGUGGUCCAACUUUUGUCUCUGGCGCUCAAGGACAUCCAGAGCAGCAACUAUGACCCACAAAGAGCCGCCACCAUGGCCCAGGAAUUCGAAAAGUAUACGUUCAUGAAGUCUACCAGUCGAGAUGAGUAUUUGAGGCUCAUCGAACAAAAGGUCAUGCAGCUCCGAGAGAACAGUAGAAGGAAGAGUAUGAUGAAUGGAAACGUGAACAUGAACGGAAUGAACCUGAAUAUGAACGGAAUGAACCUGAACAUGAAUGGAGGCAUGAACAUGAACCUGAACAUGAACCUGAAUAUGUCCAACAUGAACAUGUCCGGUAUGAACCUGACCAUGGGCAAUAUGAAUCUGAACAUGAACCAGAACGUGAAUCAGAACAUCAACCCAAGCGUAAAUCAAACCUUGAACCAGAGCGUGAGCCUGGGAAUGGGCCAGAAUAUGGGCCAGAAUUCGUCCCCGAACAUGAACAUGAACAUGAACCAACUGAGCCCCAAUCAAAGAUUCAUGCAGCAGCCAAUGCGCCAGCAAAACCCUCAGCCGCUGUCGUCUCCGAACUUACAACAAGCGACAACUCAACCGCUGGGUUCUCAGCUUCAACAAGUUAGUAACAUGAUUCGCAAUACCCCCAUACCUCCUGCCCUUUUGUCACAAAUCCCCCAUCUUCCACCAAACGUGAACACAUGGAACCAAAUAUUCGACUGCUACCAGAAGAAAAUCAUUCCUGCCGUGGCUAUGCCAGUAAUCAAGGAAAUGCACGGUGCUCAUGUCUCGAUCGUAAUGCGUCAGCACCAGCAACGGUUGAAUCGCGGUGGAAACAUGAAUGUGAACAUGAACAACAGUACCAAUACCAACUUGAACACCCAGAACAUGGAUAUGAGUACCGGAAACAUGAAUGGAACGAACUUGAAUGUGAAUGCCAACAACAUCAAUUCCAACAUGUCUGUUCAGCAGAGACAGCAAAUGUUGCAAAACCAAAUGAGAAACAGCCAAAUGUUACAGCAACAACAGCAACAACAGCAGCCUCCUAAACCGCCGAAUUUGACCAUUACUCCCCAAGAUAUGGCAAAAUACAGCGGUGAUGCAAUGAACCUUCUCAGUCGUCUUCAAAGCAAUGGCUCUAUAUCCCCCAACUUGGACCAGGUGCAAAAAGAAAGCUUUAUCAGAAAGUACAUAUCUCACCAGAAAGCAACUGCUUGGAAGCAACAGGAAGCAGCUCGUCGAAUGCAACAGUCGCAGCCUCCUGCUUCAGCUCCUCAGCAGCAGUUUCCACCAAGCAGUCAAUUUUCUUCUCAGGAACCACAAGCUCUUCCAGCUCAACCAGUACCACCCCAACUGGCUCCGGCGCAGGCACUGCCUAUGAUGAAUAUGCAUAUGUCUCCUGUUCCUCCUCCUCAACAGCAGCAGCAGCAGCAGCGCAUGCAACUUCCUCCUCUCAACGACGAAAUGAAAAUGAAACUUCGGCAGUUGGUGGAAGAGGUGGCCAGAAACAGCAUUGCAUUAAAAGACGUUACCAUGUCGUUGACCGGACCGCAAAAGGAUGCUGUUCGAGACGCUGUUAUGCGAAUUUCGCAGCUGUAUUCCAAUGUCGACAGUAUCAUCAGCUACUUCUAUAUCCUCACCAGAAAUGCCGAAGGAACGAAGCGGCUCAUUCAAAUGAAGUACAUGACCAAGAACAUAAUGGAGAGUCUUCAAAAGGGUGUGUAUUUAGCUGGGCCCGAUUUAUUGGAGAAGCUAAAGUUGCAGUACCAAAAGUAUUUUGAGUAUGUCAAAGAGCAGUUUGCAGCAAGGAAAAACCAAAUGAACCAAAACCAAAAUGCAAUGGGAAUGAUGAACCAGAGCCAGAUGCCUAGUAAUAUUCCCGCACAAGUUUCGGAACAGACUCAGACUCAGAACCUGAACCUUCUUUUCAACAGACUUCCUGUGCAGCCCCAAACUCAACAGUCAACGCUGCUUGCACCUCCUACCUCGCAAUCGACAAAACCUCCUUCAACUCAUCCAGGACAAACUCCGCGGUUCAGCAGUCCUAUGAUGGCGGGUCUGCCAAUGGUUCAAAGAGCUACCCCCAAACCUCAAGCCAAGAAACCUCCAGCACAGUCUCGCAGAAAAGGUUCAACCAAAUCUGUGUCCAAUGCAGGCGGUAUACCAACACCAGCGGCCAAUGCUGGAACUCCAGGAAGCGGUGUGGGCGCUUCAAGGUCCCCGAACAGCUUCCCUACUCCCCAUGGACAACCAGGAAGUAACAAAAAUACACCACAGGAAUAUUCUCCAGCAAAAGGAGGCUCCAUCGAUGUUCCAUUGGAAGAGAUCUUUGGACGCUCAUCCACGGACACUAGAGUUGCUCACCGGAGGAGCCUUUCUACUUCAGAUCCAGAAAAAUUCUUCUAUGCUACGCUUGCUAACUUACUUGAACUUGGAGAAGAUGCCGCCGACAAGGCGAGUGUCCAUGGCCAUUCACCUCUCUCACCUGUUCAACAUGGUGAGUGGAGCUGUUCUGUAAGACCAGAAGCUAUCACUUCGUCUUUCAGGCAAGUUGAUUUGAUUCGAGACGUCGUGGCAUCGGAUAUAAUUCAGAUUUGCGAGGUUUUGUCGGAACCUCCAAAGAGGGAAGCUGUGGAUGAUUUAGGUGGUGAUGUGAAGAGGUCAGAUUGGCUACAUGAGCCAAUUCUGUUUGAGGAAUGGCGAAAGAAUUUCGAUCAGGUGGAACUGAAGUCUAAUAUAAUAGUUUAG